GUCCCUCAGCAGGAGCGGCACAGCCCCCAUUCACAUGCUAAUAAGCCCCUAUAAAUACUAACAACAGCCACUCAGCGCCUGCAGCACGUCUCAGUAGGAUUGCACAAUAAACAGAGGGCGUCUGGCCUCGCCUGGGAGUUUGUCGAUUUUUUUUUUCCUUGAGGGUGUGUGUGUGUGUGUGUGCGUGUGUGUGUCAUCAUCUGCCUGUAACCGGUUUCGAUCGCCAGCUGCCCCUCACGGACGACUGGGAGGGCGAAGGCAGCAGCAGCAGAAGCCAGAGAAGCAGCCGAUCCGACCCACCAUGUCCCCCUCGGCUCGGCCCGGCAGCGCCGGACUCGGCACGGAGGAAGACGAGUCCGGCUUGGGGAUCCAGAAGGCGGACAGAAAGAUAAGGAAACCUCUCGUGGAGAAGAAGAGGCGAGCUCGUAUCAACGAGAGUUUGCUGGAGCUGCGGUCUUUGCUCUCGGAUACGGACUUUCACUCCAAGAUGGAGAACGCAGAGGUGUUGGAGAUGACGGUGAAAAAGGUGGAAGACAUUCUGAAGAACCGAAACCAAGAGACGGACACGCUGAACCGAGAAGCCAGCGAGAGGUUUGCAGCUGGUUACAUCCAGUGCAUGCACGAGGUCCACAUGUUCGUCUCCAGCUGCCCCGGGAUCGACGCCACGGUGGCGGCCGAGCUCCUCAACCACCUGCUGGAGAGCAUGCCCCUCAAUGAGGACCACCUCCAGGACGUGCUGCUGGAGCUCAUAACGGACUCUCCCGGCGGCAACGGCGGCGUGUGGCACGGGGACGGCGAGACGCUGUGCUCCUCUCUGGCCUCCCCGGGAGGGCGGAGCCUGUCCAGCGGCCUGUCCUCGGCCCUCUCCCCUGCCCCCUCCACCAUAUCCAGCGAGGACCUGUGCUCUGACCUGGACGAGACCGACAGCGAGCACAACCAGAGCUCCACAGAGGCCUCCAUGUGGAGGCCGUGGUAGGAUACAGCUGGAAUAUGUUGAAUGGUGCAGCACCCCCCCCCCCCCCCCCCCCUCCCGAUGGCGUCAUGUGGAGCCUCGUUACUGAAAGACAACAUUGAAUCCACGAUUUGUGGUUGUAGCAUUUCUGCACUCAUUAUAGACCUCAUGCACGGAUCUUCCUCUGGACCCCUAAACUCCUGUCACUGAUCUCCAAUAAG